AUGGCGGCGCCGGAUGCCGGGCCCGUGGUGUCGGCCUCGCGGCGGGAGGCCCGCGACCCCUCGGAAGACCGACUUUUCCUGGUGAAAGGUGGGAUUUUCCUCGGCACCGUUUCUGCAGCAGGAAUGCUAGCUGGAUUUGUGACAACGUUAUCACUGGCUAAGAAGAAAAGCCCUGAAUGGUUCAAUAAGGGAAGCAUGGCCACGGCCGCCUUACCAGAGAGCGGUUCUGCACUCGCCUUGCGUGCCUUGGGCUGGGGCUCACUUUACGCCUGGUGUGGAGUCGGCGUGAUCAGCUUCACUGUCUGGAAGGCGCUGGGAUUUCACAGUAUGAAAGACUUUCGAACUAAAAUGCAGUCACUACUUCCAGCGCAUCCCGAGAACUCGGAGUCGCCUGUUGAGUGGGAGGAAGCUUUGAGGUCCAAGUGA